AUGUUGCUAUUCAUUGAGAGAGGAAUUCGAGGUGGCGUAGCUCAAUGCUCAAACAGAUAUGCCAAAGCGAACAACAGAUUUAUGGGUGCAGAGUUCGAUCCAAGCGAAGAAGAAUCGUAUCAUAUGUACUACGAUGUAAAUAACUUAUACGGUGCAGCUAUGAGCCAAUUUUUGCCAUUCGAUUCCUUCGAGUGGGAGGAAAAUUUUGAAAAACUAAAUAUUUGCAAUAUUCCCGAUGGUUCUCUUACAGGCUAUAUACUCGAAGUUGAUAUAGAAUUUCCAAUUAUACUUCAAAAACUCCAUAGAGAUUUACCACUAUGUCCAGACCAAUAUACUCCGCCAGAGUCUAACAAAUCAAAAUUGAUAACAAAAUUUCUCCCAAAAGAAAGAUACAUAGUUCAUUAUCGAAAUUUGAAACAGUGUUUGAGAUUAGGUAUGAAGUUAACAAAAAUUCACCGUGUUCUAAAAUUUAGGCAGUCGCCAUGGUUCAAGAAGUACAUAGAUUUAAACAUUGAAAUGAGAAAAAAGUCGAAUAAUGAUUUUGGAAAGAACUUCUUUAAACCUAUGAAUAAUUCAGUUUUUGGCAAUACAAUGGAAAAUGUAAGAAAACAAAAAGAUGUUAGACUCAUUACGAAAUGGGAUGGAAGGUAUGAAGCAAAGGCUCUUAUAGCGAAACCAAAUUUCCAUAGCUGCACUGUCUUCGACGAAGAUAUG